AGAAAAUCAAUUAUUUAUUUAUUUCCUUAAAUAGAAAAUCAUUUCCUUAAUUAGAAAAUAAUUUCCACAAAUAAAAAUAUUCUAAUAUAAUGACCAUUUAUCAUGUCUCUAUAUGACUAAAUAUUUAAUGUCGAUAUGCUAGUUUCGACCAAUACUCUUAUAGUUUUUAGCCAUAAAUACUACGUUGAAUCUAUCAUAAAAUUUUCUUAAUGGCCUGAAAAUGUAUUCUGAACUCUAGGCCUAGUAUGAAACUCUAUAAUACACCAUACACGAGAUGUAUUCUUAAAAUAAUAAAUGAAUCUGACUUUUAUAAUAGAAAUAAUAAUUAAGAUUCUUUACGCUGCAACUUAGUGGUAAUCUUAAGUAUUUCAAUUAAAUAAAUUUUUUCUGGGAUCAAAUGUGAUAGUGCUCACACAAAGUUAGGUGAGUCUCAAAAUUUCAACAAAUGAAUAAGUAUUCCUAUGUUAUGGGAGACUCUUCGUAUUAUCAUACACUAUCAGUUCUCUCUUUUUUUUAAAAAAAAAAAAUUCAUAAAAGUUCCAAAGUAAUGCUUUUGUCAACUCCAUUUCCAAAGUUCCAAAGUUUUUUUAUAUUGCCUUUUACCAUAUGUUUUAGUUGGUUUGUAGCCAAACCUCAUCUCAAAAGUUAGUUAUGGUCCAUUUCCUCCUGUGGAAGUGGUUAGAAAUAAUCAAAACAAUUAAUUAACCAUUUCCAAAAAAAAAAAAAAACCAUUUCCAACCGUCACUUAUAAUGUGUCAAUAUAAUUAACCUAUCAGUUUUAUUUCGCAGACCAAAAUUUCUUAACUCGUAACUUACAUUCAUGACUGUCUAAAUGGGAUUAUACAUUCUCAUCACAAUCAUUACUUUAUCUCUGCCCUUCAAUCUUUCAUAUGAACUUAAAGUAAACAAAGGAAAUCCAAAACCUGAGUUUGCAUUCAGUUGGUUAGAUGACAAAGACACAUUCAAAGCCGGUGACAUUGCUACUAUAAAGAUUAAAGUGUUAACCAAUCUUGACAAGAUUGACAAGAACACUUUUCAUCCCAUUCUAAUUGUCAAUGGAAAGAUUGGGAACAGUUCUUACGUAUCUGGGGUUCUUACAGAUUUCAAAGGCAACGACUCUGAUGAUUGGAACAUCUUUUUUACCACCUUAACUGUUGGUCUAUUCAACGUGAUGAUCAACGAAGAUCACUACCAUGUUUUUGAUUCUUCAUUGCAUUUCAAAGUUGAACCAGGGAAAAUUUACCCUUCUGUGUGUUUGGCUUCAUGGAUGGGAAACAUCAAUGAGUUCGAAGCGGGUUCAAGAGCUAGAGUUCUAAUACUUCCAAAAGAUGCAUUUGGGAACAAUGUCACUUCAAAUAGUGAAGAUCUCAGUUCAUAUAACUUCACUGUGUCAGCAUUAUAUGCCAAUGGUUCCAUUUCUGAUUCUCCAAAUAUCAAUGGAAUUGGAUGGAAUGGAUUUGGUUAUAUCAUUCUUGAGUUUACUGUGGUUAAAGCUGGAGAGUUCUUUUUGCUUGUUCAUGGUGGCAACCACAUCUUGAGUGGCACUCUUCUUCCAUUUAGGGUGAAACCAGGAUCUGUUGAGGUUUCCAAUUGUGUGGUGAGGUGGAACUAUGAACCAAAGGCAUGGCAACUAUUUUCCAAGAUGGAACUCUUCAUACAUCAGCAAGAUCAGUAUGGAAAUCUAGUUCCAGGACUCUAUGAAUUCGAUGCUGAAGUCAUCGAAAAAGAAGCAAACUUGUCUAUACCUAUACCAGAUUUGUACUUCGAGGAAGUGGAGCCUGGAAUUCAAUUGUUUUCCUUCAGCAAUCUGGAGCCAGGGAAUUUCUUGCUAAAAAUAUCAGAUAUGAAGCACAACAAGAGUAUCUCUAACAUGCCAUAUCCUUAUAAUGUCUUUGUAGGUUAUUGCAAUGGAUCAAACAGUGUUGUCAAUGGAACUGGUUUGAACAACUCUAUUGCAGGAGAAAUAGCAGAGUUCUCUGUAUAUUUGAAAGAUAGUUUCUUAGAUCCUUCUCCUGUAGAAGUAGAGAGGCUUCAAGUAGAAAUCACAAGGGAAAUUGACUCCUACAGCAUAAUGCCAACCAUAUCUCCAAUACAGAUUAUCAAUGUUAGUGCACUAGCAAGGGAGCCGAGAUUUGAUUCGAAUGAGGCAGAAGUUGCUCCUUCACCAUCUGUGAACCUUAGAAAUCCACCUGCUAGGAAUUCAAGUGUUCUAGCCACUUCUUUCAACGUGACUUACACGCCCGACAAGAGUGGUGUUUAUGGAAUUCGAGUAUAUUGUGGAAAUAUCAUGCUUAAUGGUGGCCAUUCAUUUACCAAGGAAGUAAGUGCAGGCGAGGUUGAUAUAACGCUUUCAAGGGUUGUAAAAUUUGCUCCUAAGGUACCAAAGUUGAUAAAGAAUGAAGUAGUUGUGGAGCUCAUGGAUUCUUUCCAUAACCCUGUCAUGUCACAACAAUCAAAGCUGAAACUAGAGGUUGCUGCUUCAAUGAAGAAUGCCUCAGGUUUUUUAAGUUGGGAUUUUUCGGACAACAAUAAUGGUUCAUAUACAAGUCAUUAUACAGCUAAGGAUAUUGGCAAUUAUCAAAUAUGUGCUUCAUUUGAUGGCAAAACUUUCAACCCUUGUCCUUUUGAGGUCAAUGUCUAUAGCAGCGAGUAUUUUCCCCGAGCUUAUGAUGAUGCAAUAUCUGUUUGGGAGGAUGAAUCGACAGCUUUUGAUGCUUUAGGAAAUGACUACUUUGCUGGUGACAAUGCAACUAUCCAAGAGUUUUCACAACCAAGCCAUGGUACACUUCUCCAAUAUGGAAGGCUUCUCCGGUACACGCCUCAGAAAGACUACUAUGGAAAUGAUUCUUUUGUGUACACAAUAUCAGAUUUAAAUGGUAAUCUUGCAACUGCUUCAGUAAACAUAUCUGUUCUCACAAUCCCACCCCAGUUUAUUUCUUUCCCAAGUCAAUUACAAGCAACCGAAGAUGAGAUAAGUCCCAAAUUCGGUGGUUUCUCUGGAUUUGAGCUAAGAUAUUCAGAUAUGAAUGAGAAAAUAUCUGUUAAUCUUAGUGCACAAUAUGGAACUAUUUUCCUAUCUCCAAUGCUGAUGCAAUUUUGGCCAACAACAAAGACCAAACUUUCUCUAUACAAAGGGGAUGGAGAAGCUAAGGUUUUGGUCUUGGAAGGCACUGUGGAAGUGGUCAACUUUGCUCUCAAGUCAAUUCAGUAUUAUGGGAAUGAGAAUUUCUAUGGCAAUGAUACAGUUCGAAUCUCGACUAGAAACAGACAUGGAGUGAAUAACUUGAAUAUUCCAGUGUUCUUAGAUCCUAUCAAUGACCCUCCAUUUAUUCACAUCCCUGAAUUCAUCAUAUUGAAAAGUAAUGAAGAUGAGUCACUGGUAUAUGACUCAAAAAGAGACAAGUUUGAGUUUUUCAUUGGAGACCCUGAUAUUCAAAGUUUCUCUGGCUAUAAAUCCCAAUUCAUGGUCUUAUUUUCUGUUGAAGUUAAUAAUGGAUUUUUAGUCACUAGUCUACCAGCUGAGCUGAUCAACACAACUGAACUUAAGACCAUGAAUAGUUAUAUGUGGCAGCCUCUUCAGACAUAUGUCAGUAUCUCAAAACACUUUAAAGUCAAGGCUAAUGGAAUCAGAUUCCGGGGAACAGUUAAUGACUGCAACAAUGUUAUGAAACAACUUUACUAUAAUGGUGGAUACCAUGGGGCAGUUUUAUCAGUGACAGUAAAUGACAUGGGAAAUUAUGGGUGUUACCCAGAUUGUACUGAAAAUGCUUCAGUGCCUUUAUACACAGAGGCUAAUGUUAAUCUUAUAAGAAGAAGGCCAAUGAGUUCAUUUGUAUCUCAUGCUUUGGGGUCAGCAUUGGUGAUUGAGUCCAUAGUGGUGCUUACUCUUGGAAUUGUCGUUUUAUCUUUCACAUGCAAAUGUGCCUUUGCUUUGGUUAAGGAAAGAAGUAACAAUGGAAUCAACAAAACUCCUGUGGUUUCACUGAAAGCAAGUGUAAGUGUUUUCUUUUUUGUACGACAAAUCAAUUAGUGUCGUUUAAUAAUUUCAAGACCGUUUGAUUGAUGUUGUUCUCGUUCAUUCUUGUACAGUGAAAAACAACUUGGAAUUUCAACACACUAAGAACUCUCCUCUAUUAUAAGUUUUUAAUCACUUUUUUUUUAGUAAAUUCUCAAUACUGCGUAUUUAGCAAUUUAUAUUUGCUUAGGUAUGUCAUUGGAUAUGUAAUGUAAUGUAUGAAAUUCUCCUUACAAUGUUGAAAGAUGAGGCAAUUAAUUGUAUUAUUGGGUAAUAUUUUAAGUGUAGUGCCUAUUCAUUGCCAAGAAAAUCAGUUGAAUGGGAGUGAUAUAUUCAUCACAACUGAAACUCAAAUUGGCUUGAGUUGAAUGUAAAAAGCAGAAUUUGGAAGUACUAUACCAAAUGACUAUAAGAGAGAUACCACAUGAUACGAUUUAAAACAAUAUACUCAGUGAAUGGAAAUAUUAUGAUUUUUCAUGGUUGGACUGAAUAGAAAUAUUCUGAAAAAAUGGAAUGAAUGAACCAAAUAGAAAAUCAACAU